CAUCGCUGUAAACAAACCCGAAAAUGGCACCGGUCGAGGAUUCUUCAGCCGACAACAAGAACACGAUCGUUUUCAACAAUUCAAAACGCGAGUUGUUCAAACUAAACGAGAACUUCAAAAUCUUCCAACGAAAAUUGAAGAUCUACUGGAAGGUGAUCGUAAACAAGGAUGAAAUCACGUCGCAGUUGUUGCAAAACUGUACUUUGCUGAUUUUGCCGGGGUGUCAGCAACCCUUUGAGGAAAACGAGCUGAACUGCCUCAAGUCCUUCAUCAGGGAUGGAGGAAGGGUCCUGGUUCUCUUAUCCGAAAGUAACCAUGACGAUACCAGCAAUAUUAACAUCCUUUUGGAGGAGUUUGGGAUUGUGCCAAACAUGGAUUCCCUCAUACGCACCCACUACUACAAAUAUUUCCACCCCAAGGAGUGUUUUAUCGGCGACAGCUCCAUAAAUACCUCUCUAAAUAGGGAUAAAGUUAACAUAAAUCUCGUAUAUCCUUUCGGUUGCACGCUGAACGUUAGCAAACCCAGUGUGGUGGCUUUCACAAGUGGAUCUGCCUCUUUUCCCGUGGAUCGCCCCCUGGGUGCCCUAUAUUACGACCCGGCCAGCGGGGGCCGCUUGGUGGCCACGGGCUCGGGCCACAUGUUCGCCGACAAAUACAUCGACCAGGAGGCCAACGAGAAGUUCCGCGAGCUGGUCUUCGACUUCUUGACCAACACGCACAGCGUGCGCUUCGCGCCCUCCGACCACGACGACAUCGACAUUUCAGACCACCACAUCGUGCCCGAUACCGCCGAGCUCGCGGAGCGACCCAAGCUGUGCCUCACGGACGCCAUAAGUCACACGGUGUCGAUCGACUACACGCAGCUGUUCGACCACAAGACGUACUCGGUGAAUACCAACCUAGUUCCCGAAGCGCUCAAACUCUACGACGACUUGGGAGUGAAACAUCAGCCCCUCAAGAUCAUUACGCCGAAGUUCGAGGCGCCGCUACCGCCCUUGCAGGCGGCGGUGUUCCCGCCGUCUUUCCGGGAGUUGCCGCCCCCGCCUUUGGAAUUGUUCGAUCUGGACGAGGCCUUCAGCUCAGUGUUCUCGAAAUUGGCGCAGUUCACCAACAAGUAUAAGAUGACGACGAGUAAAGUUGAUGAAGACGAGGUGGAGUUUUAUAUUCGGGAGUGCAGCAAGAUUGUUAAAGUGGACGGAGGGGUGGAGGGGGCGGCGAAGGUUUUGUAUCAGAUGGGUGUGCAGAUCGCUAAGUUUAAGAGCAUCGAUACCAUCAAGUAG